CGAGGCAGCGACGUUUCUCGUUGGCCGAGACUGUUCCUAAGGAGUGGUGCGAUCGACGUUACACGGGAAAGAUAGUCGGCAGUUUCCUGUGCAGCUGCACAGUUCGUUGAGCAUGGGAUAGACGUUCUAAUACACAAGAGUGGCUAACUAUUCUUUGUGUGGAGUCGGCGUCCGGCAUUCUAGUCUCUAGGAGUACGCCAGUUACAAAGCGUGUGUACGAUCAUCGAUCGAGUCGGCGCGUCGUACACGAGGCCUAACUAGUCGCAAGGUAGACGUCGGUCAGGAGCUACGUCGAUGCCAUGACGACGACCGGCUCCGCUGGCAGAGUCUUCGACACGGUAGGUGACGCCGGCGGCGAGUGAUCGCGCGGCCGACGGAACGUGGAAAAGGCCCUCCAUGGCCCAACAUGGCGGAAGGCUCUCCGGAUGCAACGUGGAGACGGCGCAGGCGGUCGGCGGCGCCGGCGUCAUCAGCCUGCUGCAGCCGCGGCCGGGCAUGGCCAGGAGACAGAACGACUACAUCGAGACGCCCCUCAGGCCGCACUCGCGCUGCAAACGGCAGCGGGCCGAGUGGCCCGCCGCCAAGGAUUCGGACGAUUCCGGCUCGGCCUCCGACGGUUCGGCCACCGCCUUGAACGCGUCGGGCCCGCUCCGACCCAACGCUCCGGCGCGCGCCAAACAGGCGCUGUUCGGCGGCGGCGGCGGGCCGCCCGUCACCAGCCAGCCCUCUGCGGCCGGCCCGCACGAGGAGAAGGCGCCGCCUUCGGCCCGAUUGCCCGAACCCGGCAUCCACCGGGACUCCAUCAUCUGCCGACAGUGCGGACGCUGCAAGUGCGAAUCGUGUCGGAGCCCGAAGAGGUUACCCGCCAAGUGGAUCUGCAACGACAAGUACCUGUGUUCGGCCGACAACUGCAUCGACUACUGUUCGUGUCUGUGUUGCGUCAAGGGCCUGUUCUAUCACCUGGCCAAAGACUACGAAACGGAUAACGAAGCCUCGUGCGCCGAUCGGCCCUGUUCCUGCGUACCUCACGAGAGGUGCCCGCGUUGGAGCUGCCUGGCUUUGGCCUCGCUCUUUCUGCCUUGUCUGUGUUGUUACUGGCCUCUGAGGGGUUGCCUCAAGACCACCGAAACUUGCUACGCGGCCUAUUCGGGCCGCGGGUGUCGAUGUUCGCCCGGAAGGACGGUGCCACCCAUCGAAAAGAUACCGGAGAAACUUCUCUUGGACACAAACUCCGACUGUUAACCGUGCCAUCAACGUUCGCGGGAUGAAACGUCGGGGGAACGGGGGAAUUUCCCUCCCCCACCGGGUAGGUACGGACGCGAAAUUGUACAGAAGCAGUUUACGUGCGGAAGGAGAAACGCGACCGGCCCGCCACCGUGUAUAUAAUUCUGAGCAAAAGAACAUUAAAAAAUAAAUAAUGUCGGGCCGGACGCCCCCUCGUCAAUUUUGUUCCUAAAAUGGGUUUUCGGUGGAUUCGCACGUCGUGGAAAAGUUGCAGGUUUUUACGCGGACGGACGAGUGUAGUAGAAAGGAGGAUGUCGAACCCGACCGGAUGUAACGCGUCCUACCACCAUUAUUAACAGGACGUGUCGUCUUUUUAACUAAUUUAUUAAUAGUAAAACAACGAUUAGACCUAUUACGAAUAGGAACUAUCGCGUACGCGCGUAUAUUUUUUUCAUCGAACGUCUUUUAGAUAGACAUUUUCGAUGAACGUUGCCUCCGCUUAACUUUCGAGAUAUGUCUUAUCCUUCUAAAAGUCGUGUUUGUUCCAAGGUCUAAGAUAGCGCCCGACGAUAGCGGGAGGUAAAAAUCCAAUAUUAUUAUUAUUAUUAUUUUUAUUUGUAUUUUUUAACUCUCGUAUAUAAAUUGCGCUCUAGUCCCGACUACAAUUAGAUUUUCUCUUAUAUAUAUAUAUAUAUAUAAGUAUAUGCGUUAAUCGGACCGAAAAGAAUCCGCAACGGGGGAGGGACGUGGCGAAAACUGUCACUGGGACGAGCGGUCUUGCCGCCUUUACACACGAUGUGAUUGAUAUACGAUUGUCGAACCCUCUCUCGCAUAAACGGAUGCGAACUGUUGUAAAGUUACGUUAACGGAGGACGAAAAACUUACCAUUUUGGAGUUGGAUAGAAUACCCGUGACCCCGACGACCCGCGUAGAAAAAAAUAUAAAAGAUUUAUAUAUGUGGACCGGCCGAAAUUUCCACGGGCCUACGUAUUCUGUAAAUAUGAAAAUAAUUCAAAAAAAAAAGAAAAGAUAACUCUACGGCCGGUAUUUUUAUCAUUAAAACAAAAAACAAAAAAAAAGAUAUUUAUUUUGUCUCGAUCGGCUGCGAGUUUCUAUAUUUGAAGAGAAAAAUAUGUUAUAUAUUUAUUUUCGAGAGGUACAAAAAGAAAAAAGAAAAAAAAAGAAUUAAAAAAUGCUUCGACGAACCGAAUUUUGUCAAUAAAGAUUACUUGUAGUCUUU